AUGGCCUCUCUUGGAAAGAUUGCAAAUUCGUUGGUAUCGGUGGCAAAUGAGAAUACAGUCGCGCUUCUCAAUGUAAACGUUGAUUUUUCCGUUUUCCGUUGUCAUCCAUCCCCGGAAUAUCUCGCUGUUGGUUCAGCGUUGACAACCAAAAGGAAACAAGAAGCCGAAAGUGGUGCAAUUCACGCCACAGCCUGUAAAUUGGGCUUUCUAUUUCACCAGAUCCUUCCAGACACACCAAAGCUUCUCCAGGCAUACGGUACCCGCGUAUGUGAGAUUCUAUCUCGUCCUGGCAUCAAUCCAGAGGGCACUGAGAACGAUGGCCCAUUCCGUGCCUUUAUAGGUGCUGAUUGCACCUCAAUAUGGGCUGCUGCUACCUCAGGACCGGCAUCAAUCUGUAUUCUCCUCUUGGCAUGCAUGCUCUCCAAUGCCUGGGAUGCAAAAACAGCGACUUCUAUCUGGGCUGAGCUCAUUGAACAACGAAAGAGGAAUAUUUAUGCUCAAACAGAAAGCAAUAGGAUAGUGCAUCCCCACUCUUUAGCCGCUGCGAAGCAAGAUAUCAGCAGAGCAGAAUUGGCUAACUGGGACGUAAGCGUUCGCUCAUGGCAGAGGAUACCAUAUUCAACCACAGGAUCAACGUUUGAGAAAGUAACAAUGGCAUGGAUUCGAUCCAUGGAAGUUGUAGAGAGACUUCUGAACAACCUACCUCAAGAGGUAUCUGAUCGCGCCAUUCUACUAGCAAUACAUUCUUGGCAUAUUUAUCCCGACCUUCUAGUCUUCCAGCAGGAAGCAAAGAAGAUACCCUUCCAUGAUAGGCUCUUUCCUAACGUUGGUAUACUCAGCGUAGGCCUUGAAUACAAAGGUCCGUCGGACAAUUUCACCAAAUGGUCUCUCGCCCUGUCACAUUUGCGAUAUUAUGGAGAUCCUAUUUUGGUUAGGAGCAAUGACAACCAAAGUCGGGUGAAUAUCCAUCAGUUAUGGCUUCUGACACUCGGAGUCAUAUUCCGGCAAUGGGAAGUAUCGUAUUCCAAUUUUGACAACGCUGUUGCUUGGUUUCAGCAACUGCAGAAGAUACUAAUCCACGGUGACGAUGCUCAACGGACAGAGCUGUCGUGGCUGAUUCGGCUUUGUGAUGUCGCCUCCACUAUUAACGAUAAUAAUCGCAAAGAGGCUGGACAGUUAAUUAAAUACGGCUGGAGGCGAGCCACCAAACUUCUCGGGCCUGAUGAUAGGGCCAUGCGUUGUCCGUUCUUUGGGCUAUGUAACCCAUAUGUCAUGUCGGCUUUCACUAGUGCCACUGAUGUCGACCGCGGCCUCGAAUAUCUGCGUGGUAUCGCGUCCCAGUUGAAUCUCGAGGCUAAUGAAGCGAUCAUAUCAUACACGGGGCAACUGAACCAGCGAGACAGUUACAGUGAAUGGGCCACGAUUGUUCCGAUCGAAGCCCACCUUGGGCUCCGGACUACUGUUAGUUCUUCACAUGCUAUGCAAAAGAGACAUGUCCGAUGGCUUCAUCCUCGCAUUGAAGAAGAGAAAAGCACUGCUACUGCAAUGCUGGAAAAAAGACGCCAAGAGAUUGAGCAGAUGGGAGAUAUUUGCUAUGUUAUCUAUGAUAAGAACGAGAUGCUAUACGCAAUCAAAAGACGAGAGCAGCAAGCAUAUCGGUGGGAUAGGCCGCCUCGAAUUUUCAGCGCACUAUCACCUAUUGAGUUUACGUGCGUCCCAUCUAUGCGACAUGCACAGCGAUCUAACUUUCAACUAUGGGUGGUAUCGAGCAAGUAUAGCAGCUUCGGGUCUGCUUACUUUGUUAAUCUCAUGAAAAUUGCCGCACUAUCCAAAGCCCCACUAGAACAAGGACUUGCAUGGCUCAAACAAAAACCUAAACCACACCACGUCAUCCAAUACCUGAAGGGAUCUGUCUUUACUGAUGAUUUGGUUGUAAAGAAUGUCAACUCUCAUGCUGGGGUCAAACGAAAGGCUCCAAUAGAUGAACCAGCACAAGAAAAAUCUUAUCAAGAUUCCAAUUUGACGCUUCACCAAGAUGUUGCUGGCGAGAGCAAAAUUCAAGACGAUACUACUGGCUGCUUUCACCUAUUGAGCAGCGCUUGCGAUGAGUCAACAUCAUGGCUUAUGUCGUUACGUAUACUAGAGGUCGUUAGCCUCUUGUAUCGAGAUUUGCCAAUGGCAACAGUUUCAUUGCGGCUCGUGGAACAGAAUCUACUGAAAGCAAAAUGGUUACCUCCACCCAUGCAAGCUCUUUUAAACAACCCCUUUGGCAUAAGGACCGCAAGAGAUGUCGCCAAAACACCCGUUACGGAAUAUUUGGCCGCGAUGACUCGCGCAGCCUCAUUUUCCUGCAUUGCAAUGUUCGAAUCUGGAUGCUUUGACAUAGAUCCUGAUCAAUUAAAUGAAGUUAUCGCGCUGUGUUCAGAAGAUUCAAUUUUUGUAGCAGGCAUUAUUCUCUCCGAUCCCAGUUCCCACACUAAAGGAACUCAAAUUCGCCAUUUGGUUGGUAAUAUCGGUCAUUCAGGAAUGGUGCUAAUGGUCUCUCCCCUUGAACCUCGUAUCCGUGCAGUUGGCCAUGAGCCCACACUGGUGGAGCACCGACCUUUUGACGGCAAGAGUACAGACAGCUUUGGUGGAACGUCGUUGCAUUUGUCAUUCACCACUUGGAAGAUGCCGCUGGACUGGCAAAAUACUGGAGAAAUUGAUCAAGAAAUCUUCCUUCUCGAGUCAGUUGUGUCGGUGCAAGAUAAAGGCAAUUGGGUGGCGGAUAUUGAUGUUAUCGACAUGGAAAAGAGCUGCCCUGAUGUCAUUGAGAAGUUUUGCUGUAGUCAGCAUGAACAUGGCUGUUUGGCAGCAGCAACGGCCGAGAAUCAUGGGGAUAAAGUCUCUAUAGACUCUUGGGAAGAGCUGAUUGAUCCGCCACCCUGUAUUGGGAUCUUCCGCGCGAAAAAAAACUGGGCAGCGCGUCUAGCUGCGGCGUCUAUUUUAGUUCAGCAAGGAAAAGGACAUAGCGCAGUCAUCGUAGGAGAUGAGCGAAUUUGCUGGCCAUGUUUGAGGGAUCUAUACGCUGAGCCCGAGCCACAUCUUCCUCAGGUCAUUAUUUAUUGA